GGAAGGGAACUUUGCAGUUUUUUUCAACGACUUUCCCGCGACGAUCACGGCAGUUGACAGCAGUUGGCAUUACUUUCUUUCUUGGGACUCUUUAUAUAAACGCAUUGGAACAUUGAAAGAAUCAGACGGGCGGAUCGCUACCACAUUUAUCCCUGCAACUUGACAAAGAACCACUGCAAACAUGGCGGCUAUAGAUAUUGACGUAACGCAACUCAAUCCUCUAUCCCCAGAAGUCAUUUCUCGACAAGCUACCAUCAAUAUCGGUACCAUCGGGCAUGUAGCUCACGGAAAGUCAACUGUGGUAAAAGCUAUAUCUGGUGUGCAAACGGUCCGUUUCAAGAACGAACUCGAGCGAAACAUUACCAUCAAGCUGGGUUAUGCCAAUGCAAAGAUCUUCAAAUGCGAUAGCGAAGCAUGCCCACGUCCGGGAUGUUAUCGAUCGUACCGUAGUGAUAAGGAGGAGGGAUUCCCCUGUGAUCGGGUGGGGUGCAUGGGAAGAAUGAGACUACUAAGACAUGUGUCGUUUGUCGACUGUCCGGGACACGAUAUUCUUAUGGCUACUAUGCUGAACGGAGCAGCAGUCAUGGAUGCUGCGCUGCUCCUGAUCGCUGGAAACGAAUCUUGUCCCCAACCACAAACUUCUGAACACUUGGCCGCUAUCGAGAUUAUGAAGCUGCAGCAUAUUCUCAUCCUACAAAACAAGGUUGACUUGAUCAAGGAAUCCGCUGCAGAAGAACAUCACGAGAGCAUCUUGAAGUUUGUAAAAGGCACUGUUGCAGACAGUGCUCCGAUUAUUCCCAUUUCUGCGCAAUUGAAGUACAACAUUGACGCCAUCAAUGAAUACAUUGUCAAGAAAAUCCCCAUCCCAAUCCGUGACUUUACCGCCGACCCACGAUUGAUUGUCAUUCGUUCAUUUGAUGUGAAUAAACCAGGUGCAGAAGUGGCAGACCUCAAGGGAGGAGUCGCAGGUGGAUCGAUUUUGUGUGGUGUGCUUAAAAUCGGUGACGAGAUUGAAGUUCGUCCUGGAAUUGUCAGCAAGGAUAGUGAUGGAAAGGUGCGAUGCAAGCCAAUCUACUCUCGAAUUGUGACACUGCUGGCAGAGACCAAUGAGCUUAAAUUUGCGGUACCUGGUGGAUUGAUUGGUGUGGGUACAAGAAUUGAUCCCACUCUCUGCCGUGCCGACCGUCUCGUCGGCCAAGUCCUUGGUGCAGUGGGCAAAUUGCCAGCGAUCUACACCGAGCUAGAGAUUAACUACUUCCUUUUGCGGAGACUUCUCGGUGUGAAGUCCGAGGACAAGAAGCAAACCAAGGUCCAAAAGCUCAGCCGACAUGAAGUUCUCAUGGUGAACAUUGGUUCUACCUCAACGGGUGGACGUGUGUUGAGCGUAAAGGCGGACAUGGCCAAGAUAUUAUUGAACACCCCGGCUUGCACUGAGAUUGGAGAGAAGAUUGCAUUAUCUCGUCGUAUCGAGAAGCACUGGCGAUUGAUUGGAUGGGGUACCAUUCGACGCGGAGUGACCAUUGAACCUGAACCACGCUAAUGUGCACUUUCCUCUUUAACCGUUUUCUGUGUAUACGUUUGUAUGUAGAUCGAGGAGUGGGAGAGCGGGGGGGCUGGUGGAUAUGAGGGGGUUCUGGCUGUUGCGGACACACGCCCUGUAUAAUAGUCUUUACCUUUCACAGCGGAAUGGAAUGAAAUUUUAAUGGGCUCAUUGCA